GUUAUUUGGGCUCGUACGGAAAUCCAAGGGCAAGCCUGCAGUUUUUCUAUUGGUGUGUUAUAAACAUGGAGGCGGAUCUUGCCCGAGCACCUCUGGUCAAAAACAAGUAACGUGUACUGUACCAACUGGAGGACGAGCUGAGUUGUUUUAAAAAAUACUACUCAUUUACUAUUAUUUAAAAAUGAGGAGAAUUACUGCUACAAAUGGACGGGUUUAGAUAGCAUUCAGGGCGCCCUAUGUUGAUCCGAGUCAGUAGGUGAUGAAUCCCCCAGCUGAGAUGUCCCCUCCCACCGCCCCUGUCGCCACAGAGACACGGAGCAUGACCUCUGACCCGUCCCACCUCGGAACUCUGGGAAGUAAUAUCCGCCUGAAGGCAGCCACACCUAAGAGCACAGGUUGUACCUGGCUGGUAGUCCUAGCAGCGAUAGCUGCAUCUCUCAGUGGCUUGAUGUUGGGCUAUGAAUUAGGCCUGACCUCCGGGGUCCUGCUCCAGCUAAGGGGUAUCCUCUCUCUGUCAUGCCGGGAACAGGAGCUCCUGGUGGGGUCUCUGCUGCUGGGCUGUCUGGUGAUCUCCAUUGUUGGAGGCUGGGGCCUGGACCGCUACGGACGCCGCUGGUCCAUGCUACUGUCCGGAGGCCUGGUGGCUGGGGGUACCAUGCUACUACUGCUCCCGGCCUCGCUCACCACGCUGUCGCUCGGCCGCGCCGUGGUUGGCAUGGGGACAGCGUUGUCGGGUACGGCGGCGUGCAUGUACAUAGCGGAGAUUGCGCCACGGGAGCGCCGUGGGUUGUUAGUGACACUGUACGAGCUGAUGGUGGUUGUCGGGGUAUUGCUAGGUUUCGGGUGUAGCUACGCAUUCUCUGCGCUGCCUAAUGGGUGGAGAUACACCUUCGGUCUUGUCCUCCCGCCAGCCGUUCUACAGGCUGCUGCCCUCGUCCUACUCCCACCCAGCCCGCGCUUCCUCGUUGCCAGGGGCGACUCGGAGCGGGCCAAGGAGGUGCUGGUCCGUCUGAGGGGCGUGGCCAGCAGGGAGACCGUGGAGGAGGAGCUACGGGGCAUCCAGGCGGGGCUUAAGGAGGAAGCGGAGCACGGUUUCCGAGAGCUGUUCAGCGACAAGGCUAACCUGCGCCGGCGAUUGCUAACGGGCGUGGCGCUAGUGUUCCUGCAGCAGACUACGGGUCAGCCCAACCUCCUCUCGUACGCCUCGCCGCUACUACGCAGCGUGGGUUUCCAUAGCGACGCCGCCGCCAACCUCGCCUCUACGGGCUUCGGCGUAGUGAAAGUGGUGGGGACGGUUCCCGCCGUCCUAUUGGUCGACAGGGUCGGGCCCAAGAGCUUCCUCUGUGUCGGUGCGGUCGCCAUGGGGUUGUCGCUGGUGACACUAGGGGCGGUGACCUUGCAGAGCCACACCCAUCUCACCAGCCUAUGCCAGAGCCCUGUGGGGCUGAACCACACCUUCCAGGGGCAGGACUUAAACACUCCUUCCUCCGGAUUGGACUAUAGCUCUUUUAAAUUAAUCACGCCCCCUCCUGGUGAGAGCCAAUGGAAUGGCAGUGACUCUGCGGAGGCUCUGGGGACUAAGAGAGAGGAUGCUGGGAUGGGGUCAGGGGUUAGGGGUCAGGGUCACGUGAAGUGGAUCUCACUUGUCAGCCUCCUGGUGUAUGUAGCUGCUUUCUCCUUCAGCCUCGGACCAAUGGUGUACGUGGUGCUGAGUGAGAUCUUCCCUACAGGGGUCAGAGGUAAAGCCGUGUCUGUCGUGUCGGCUGUCAACUGGGCCACCAACCUCCUCAUGUCCAUGACCUUCCUCUCUGCCACAGAGAGGAUUGGUGUUCCCAACGUGAUGUUCCUGUACGCCACCAUAAGCUUCAUCCUGCUGGUCUUCGUCAUCCUCUACAUCCCAGAGACUCAGGGACGCACACUGGAACAGAUCUCUAAAGAACUGGCCAAUAAAAAGCAGCUGAAGGUGAGGUUCUGGCAUCGAGUGCAACCCCAGGAGACUCUGUUCACCAUUCACAGGACCCCUGAACUCUCAACUCUGAACCCUCACCCUCUCGCCUAGCUGUCCACAGCAGAGGGACGAAGAUCUGGGAGGAGAGAGGAAAUGUGAGAAAUGGAGAAGAGGGAGGCCGAGAAAGGAGGAGGAGAGAGGUAGAAGAGGGAUGAUAGAAGGAGAACAACCAUAUGACUAUGAGAUCACUUUCUUCUCCUUCGCUCCCUCCCUCCUUCCCUCCUAUUGAGAGAGAAACCCUGAGGCUCAGAUGGAACUCUGACCUCUGGAUUGCUAACCUGUUUGUAACACUUUCUACUGUUUUCAAACAGAAUACACAGGAGUUUAUCUUGGGGGGGAAAAAAUAAACGAUUUUCUGUAUCACCCCGAAUUUAUUCAAACGGGGACUGUUUCAAGUUAGGGACGUGUUAAACAAUAGACAUGUUAAUGAAUUUACCAUGGGGGAAAAACACCUCCAUUCACCACAGUUUGAUAUUGGGACACAUGGUCUGGAGCUGGGUCAAAAUGUGUCAUUAUAUACCAUGUAUUUGACCCACUACCACUUUCACACACCUUUACAAGAAAGAAGGUAACAAAAUGUAUCAAAUAAGGGGUUUUGUCUCUGUGUAAAUGGGGUUUAAGCUGCUGUUUCCACUGGUAUUCAGAGCCCUUGACUUUUCCCACAUUUUGUUAGGUUACAGCCUUAUUCUGAAAUGGAUUCAAUUGUUUUUUUCCCCCUCUCAUCAAUCUAUGCACAAUACCCCAUAAUGACAUCACAAUACCCCAUAAUGACAUCACAAUACCCCAUAAUGACAUCACAAUACCCCAUAAUGACAUCACAAUACCCCAUAAUGACAAAGCAAAAAAAAAAUGUAAUACAAAAUAAAUUAUAUAAAAUUUACAUACAGUACGAGUCAAAAGUAUAGACACUACUCAUUGAAGGGUUUUUCUUUAUUUGUACUAUUUUCUACAUUGUAGAAUAAAAGUGAAGACAUCAGAACUAUGAAAUAACACUAUGGAAUCAUGUUGUAACCAUAAAAGUGUUAAACAAAUCAAAACAAUAUUUUAUAUUUGAGAUUCUUGAAAGUAGCCACCCUUUGCCUUGAUUACAGCUUUGCACAGUCUUAAAUGAGUGACUAGUACUGUAAGUAUUCAGACCCUUGACAGUACUUUGAUGAAGCACCUUUGGCAGCGAAAACAGCCUCGAGUCUUCUUGGGUGUGAUGCUACAAGCUUGGCACACCUCUAUUUGGGGAGUUUCUCCCAUUCUUCUCUGCAGAACCUCUUAAGCUCUGUCAGGUUGGAUGGGGAGUGUUGCUGCACAGCUUAUUUUCAUGUCUCUCCAGAGAUGUUCGAUCAGGUUUCAGUCCAGCCUCUGGCUGGGCCAACUCAAAGACAUUCAGAGACUUUUUCCACAGCCACUCCUGUGUUGUCUUCGAUGUGUGCUUAAGAUUGUUGUCCUGUUGGAAGGUGAACCUUCACCCCACUCUGAGGUCCUGAGAGCUUAGGAGCAGGUUUUCAUCAAGGAUCUCUCUGUGCUUUGCUCCGUUCAUCUUUGCCUCAAUCUGGCCAGUGUGUUUACGGACAUAUUCAAUCUCUCCCUAUACCAGUCUGCUGUCACCACAUGCUUCAAGAUGGCCACCAUUGUUCCUGGACCCAAAGAUAACUGAAUUAAAUGACUAUUUUCCCAUAACACUCACCUCCACCUUACCUGACACCCUUGACCCAUUUCAAUUUGCAUACCGCCCCAAUAGAUCCACAGCCUUCACACUGCACACGGCCCUAUCCCAUCUGGACAAGAGGGAUACCUAUGUAAGAAUAAUGUUCAUUGACUUCAGCUCAGCAUUCAACACCAUAGUGCCCUCCAAACUCAUCAUUAAGCCCGAGGCCUUGGGUAUGAACCCCGCCCUGUGCAACUGGGACCUGGACUUCCUGACGGCCGCCCCCAGAUGGUGAAAGUAGGAAACAUCACCUCCUCUUCGCUGAUCCUCAACCCUACAAGGGUGCGCCCUCAGCCCCCUCCUGUUCACCCACGACUGCGUGGCCAUGCAGCCUCCAACUCAAUCAACAAGUUUGCAGACGACACAACAGUAGUGGGCUUGAUCACCAACAACGAUGAAACGGCCUACAGAGGAAGAGAUGAUUGUGGACUUCAGGAAACAGCAGAGGGAGCACCCCCCUAUCCACAUCGACGGGACGCAGUGGAGAAGGUGGAAAGAUUCAAGUUCCUCGGCGUACACAUCACUGACCAUCUGAAAUGGUCCACCAACACAGACAGCGUGGUAAAGAAGGCACAACAGCGCCUCUUCAACCUCAGGAGGCUGAAGACAUUUGGCUUGGCCCCUAAAACCCUCACAAACUUAUACAGAUGCACAAUCGAGAGCAUCCUGUCGGGCUGUAUCACCGCCUGGUACGGCAACUGCUCCGCCCUCAACCGUUAGGCUCUCCAGAGGGUAGUGAGGUCUGCCCAACACAUCACCGGGGGCAAUCUACCUGCCCUCCAGGACACCUACACCACCCAAUGUCACAGGAAGGCCAAUAAGAUCAUCAAGGACAACAACCAUCCGAGCCACUGCCUGUUCACCCCGCUAUCAUCCAGACGGCGAGGUCAGUACAGGUGCAUCAAAGCUGGGACCGAGAGACUGAAAAACAGCUUCUAUCUCAAGGCCAUCAGACUGUUAAACAGCCAUCACUAGCACAGAGAGGCUGCUGCCGACAUAGAGACUCAUAUCACUGGCCACUUUAAUAAAUGGAACACCAGCCACUUUAAUAAUGUUUACAUAUCUUACAUUACUCAUCUCAUAUGUAUACACACUGUAUUUUAUACCAUCUAUUGCACCAUGCUGCUCAGUCAUCGCUCAGCCAUAUACUAUAUGUACAUAUACUCAUUCACUCCUUUAGAUUUGUGUGUAUUAGGUAGUUGUUGUGGAAUUGUUAGAUUACUUUUUAGAUAUUACUGCAUUGUCGGAACUAGAAGCACAAGCAUUUCGCUACACUCGCUUUAACAUCUGCUAACCACGUGUAUGUUGCCAAUAAAAUUGGAUUUGAUUUGAUUUGAGUCCCUGAAUAACCACCAUGCUUCACCAUAGGGAUGGUGCCAUGUUUCCUCCAGACGUGACGCUUGGCAUUCAGGCCAAAGAGUUCAAUCUUGGUUUCAUCAGACCAGAGAAUCUUGUUUCUCAUGGUCUGAGAGUCUUUAGGUGCCUUUUGGCAAACUCCAAGCGGGCUGUCAUGUGUCUUUUACUGAGGAGUGGCUUCCGUCUGGCCACUACCAUAAAGGCCUGAUCGGUGGAGUGCUCCAGAGAUGGUUGUCUUUCUGGAAGGUUCUCCCAUCUCCACAGAGGAACUCUAGAGCUUUGUCAGGGUGACCAUUUGGUUCUUGGUUACCUCCCUGACCAAGGCCCUUCUCCCCGAUUGAUCAUUUUGGUCGGGCAGCCAGCUCUAGGAAGAGUCUUAGUGGUUCCAAACUUCUUCCAUUUAAGAAUGAUGGAGGCCACUGUGUUCUUGGGGACCUUCAAUGCUGAAGAAUUGUUUUGGUACCCUUCUUCAGAUCUGUGCCUCGUCACAAUCCUGUCUCGGAGCUCUACGGACAAAUCCUUCUACCUCAUGGCUUGUUUUUUUCUCAGAUAUGCACCUGUCAACUGUGGGACCUUAUAUAGACAGGUGUGUGUCCAAAUCAUAUCCAAUUAAUUGAAUUUACCACAGGUGGACUCCAAGUUGUAGAAACAUCUCAAGGAUGAUCAAUGGAAACAGGAUGCACCUGAGAUCAAUUUUAGAGUCUCACAGCAAAGGGGUCUGAAUACUUAUGUAAAUAAGGUAUUUCUGUUUCUUAUUUUUAAUACAUUUGCAAAAAUGUCUAAAAACCUGUUUUCGUUUUGUCAUUAUGGGGUAUCGUGAUGUCAUUAUUGGGUAUUGUGAUGUCAUUAUGGGGUAUCGUGAUGUCAUUAUGGGGUAUCGUGAUGUCAUUAUGGGGUAUCGUGAUGUCAUUAUGGUGUUUUGUGAUGUCAUUAUGGGGUAUCGUGAUGUCAUUAUGGGGUAUCGUGAUGUCAUUAUGGGGUAUUGUGAUGUCAUUAUGGGGUAUCGUGAUGUCAUUAUGGGGUAUCGUGAUGUCAUUAUGGGGUAUCGUGAUGUCAUUAUGGGGUAUUGUGAUGUCAUUAUGGGGUAUCGUGUGUGUGGAUUGCUGAGGAUUUUUUAAAAUAUUUUUUUAUCCAUUUUAGAAUAAGACUGUAAUGUAACAGAAUGUGUAAAAAGUCAAGGGGUCUGAAUACAUUCUGAUAAGAUAGUACAGUGGUAGUGAGGGGAGGACAGGUUCAUAUAAAUGACUGGAAUGGAAUCAAUGCAAUGUGUUUAAUAGUGUUCCAUUCAUUCAUUCAUUCAUUAAUAGUGUUCCAUUCAUUAAUUAAUUCAUUAAUAGUGUUCCAUUCAUUAAUUAAUUCAUUAAUAGUAUUCCAUUCAUUAAUUAAUUCAUUAAUAGUAUUCCAUUCAUUCCCGUUCGUUUACUAUGAGCUCAUUCUCCGAUUUAAAGUGCAACCAGCCACCACUGAUGUGGCUGUGUCUGGUACUGUCUGACCUGUCUGUACACAGUUAUCUGUUCUGGGCAUGGUUUACAGCUGUGUUUCUUAAUUUCCUCACAAGAAAAUCAGAGUCAGUUAGUCAAAUAACAGUCUAGCCCUUAACCAGUUGAAUCAGGUAUUGAUAGCAGAUGUUUCAGAAACCGUUUACUCUAGGAAGCAAACAGAGUAGAAAAUGGAACAAAAUCGUGAGAGGCACCUACCUGAAUUGGUCCAAUUGAAACUCUUGUUUUCGAUGCAAAACGUUUUCCAUUAAACGUGAACUGUUUCAAAACGUUUUGCAACAAAAAAAAAGCUUUGUAAAAGACUAAACAUUUGCAAACAGACAAAAUGUUUUGCAACUAAUUCCGACUAGUGAAUACACUCCAGGUGUGUUUGUGCUUAGCACAAUAAGAGUUCGUACUGUUGGAGGAACAUGAAAACCAGAAACACUGUCUUUAAAGAUCCAGUGCAGUCAAAAUCGUGAUUUUUCUGUGUUUUAUAUUUACUGAACAAAAAAUAAAAAAUAUGCAACAUGUAACAAUUUUUUUUACAUUUUACUGAGUUACAGUUCAUUCUCUUUAAAGAAAUCAAUCAAUAGAAAUAAAUAAAUCUGUGGAAUUCACGUGACUGGGCUCAGGCAUGGUUACACGUGGUCUGCGGUUGUGAAGCCGGUUGGCGGUACUGCAAAAAUUCUCUAAAAUUACAUUGGAGGCGGCUUAUGGUAGAGAAAUUAACAUUCAAUUUUCUGUCAACAGCUCUGAUGGACAUUCCUGCAGUCAGCAUGCCAAUUGCACACUACCUCAAAACUUGAGACAUCUGUGGCAUUGUGUUGUGACAAAACUGCACAUUUUAGAGUGGCCUUUUAUUGUCCCCAGCACAAGGUGCACCUGUGUAAUGAUCAUGCUGUUUAAUCAGCUUCUUUCUAUGCCACACCUGUCAGCUGGAUGGAUUAUCUUGGCAAAGGAGAAAAGCUCACUAACAGGAAUGGAAACAAAUUUGUGCACAAAAUUUGAGAUAAAUAAGCUUUUUUUUUGUGCGUAUGAAAAAAUGUCUGGUAUCUUUUUAUUUCAGCUCAUGAAACAUGGGACAAACACUACAUGUUGCGUUUAUGUUUUUUUGUUCAGUAUAUAAUAUAUAUAUAUAUAUACUAUUGUUCAGUAUAG